AGAUCUAACAAAAUUAAGAAAAAUAAUCACAAGUACAAUUCUGUUGACAAAAUUCACUUUCCCCACUCCGCUUUGGAAGAAUUUCGUCAUAAUGCGAAAAACGAUCUUCUUGGUCAGCAGAACCAUUCUACUACUUUUCAACUUUUCGUGAUACUCGAUAUGAUUUCAGUGUUUCCCUCGAUCGUUAUGGCUUUGUGCUGAAACAAAAUCACUUUAAAAGUAUUAACAUGUUAACUUGGAUAGUAAUAAGGAAAUAAAGUCCUCUGAAAUAUCGUACCAUAGAGAUCUCAAGGCCCUUUUUAUAGGCGUCUUGAUAUUUAACUAACCAGAAAUGGCUGUAGCUAUUAUAGARCCACAUGCAAUGGCCAUGUCAAGGUCAACAAUGUCAGAUGGCUCUCAAGAGAAAGAUAAUAUUGAUUAUCGGAUGUUACCUAGGUCUAGUGGAGAUGGKAUGGAACAUGCUGKAAAUCACAAUGAACCAAGUAGCAGUACAUUGCAUUCAUCGCCAGGCCAUCAAUCCUAUAAAACGUCUCAUAUAGAUACCUAUAGAAACUCUGACAUAACCAGUCAAAAAUAUAGUAUACAAAGUAKUGAUAUAUUGUCCAGUGAAAAUAAAACUAAUAUAACUGAUGAUGUUCAUAAACCUCAUGUUGGCACUGAUACAACCACCUACCACAGAAAGAACAGCUCUGAUUACACAAGAAAAAAUACAUUCAAAUCACAUGAAGAUUUACUUUCAUCAAGAGAUGAAACAGGAACUUCAAUAUCUUUAAGUAAUUCACUUUAUGAUACAAGUUAUUUGGAAGAUGAACUAUUUGACUUCAAAAAGGAAUCAUUAGAUGAUUAUGAUCACAGAAAAGCCACUUUAGAAAGAACUAUAUCAAUUGAUGAGGUUUUUGAGAUGCAAAAUAAUAUCGAAGAUUUAGAAGAAAGAAAUGCAAAACUUGUAGAAGACAAGACUAAAUUAUGUGUUCAGCUGGGAUUGCAAACAGAGGUUAAUGCAGAACUUAAAAGGCUUGUUGUGGCUGCUGUUGGAGAGGAUUUAGAAAACAGUCUGGAAGCAUUGUUGAUGAGAAAUGCUCAAGCUGCAGUUGAAAUAAAACACUGGAAGCAAUUAUCAGAGGAAUAUGCAGAAGAAUCAGAUAAGUUGGCCAUUGAAUGUGAUGUUUGGAGAACUAAGUUUAUGGCCAGCAGAAUGAUGUCYGAUGAGUUGUCGACGUGGAARACAACACUGUACACAAAAUACAAACAAACACAGAGCGCCCUCCAAAGGAUUUUGAAUGAAAGGGAAGAAUUGAAGAAACACCUUAUAAAAACAAAGAGACUGCUUCACAUCCACAAUGAAGCUGUAACUCAUGAUAGUGCCUCAUAUAAACAUACAAGUUCAGAAAAUCUCAGCGAUCAUUAUGUUGGCCAGCAGAGUGUUCUAGAACUGGCAUCAGUUAUUAACUGUCUAGUGCAAGACCUUACAACAAACAUAUUUGGUGAGAUACAAAACACAUCACUCCCUGAAGAGGUUCUUGCAGAAGAUUCRAGUGAUAAACAAAAAGUAGAACCAACUCCUGGAGAAAAGUUGGCAAUUCAGGUUUUGACAUCAGACGUAGAACUACAAACAGAUGAACAACCAGACAACAGUGCUGUUAUGAAAAGACUAGGAAAACAAUAUAUAGGGAACAGUUAUCACAGUCGUCUUAUGACCAAUAGUUUCAGGGUGACUUAUGAUUGCUGUGAUAGGUGCAAGGGUGUUGUUCAAGUUGUAUAACCAUGUUAUAUGUGCCAUAACGUGCAGGAAAGGGUUGAUGAAGUCAUUCAUUAGUCAUCCAUUAGGUUUUCUGGAAAAUAGAGGAAACAGUUGUUCUGAAAUGAAUGGCAACUCUUACAUGGAGGAAGUCUUGCUUCAUGAGCAAAAUAACAUUGUCUGAAAUKUUUUGAAUAAUCCUACAAUUUAUCCAGUACUGGCCUCCCUUUCAAUACACUCCUGAUUGCUGGAGACCAGGACUGGAUACUGGUGGGCCUCCAAUUUUAUAUGUUACUGGACAGAUAAAAUUAUGUUAGUCUAAAUCCAAAGGAUUUGAGCUACUUCUGAAUCUAUAACAAUAUGAAUGCUGUCACAACCCCUAUUUUGAUGAUAUGAGGUAUCUAUAAAAAUUGGUYAUGCACCAAUACCAAAUUAUGAAGAAAAGGAGGGGAAUCAUUURAUAUUUUUAUUCUUUAAUUAUUUAUAAAGUGAUAUAAAACUAUAGUUUGUACAGGGGAGAGUCUUAUCACACUUUCAGGGUUAUUUACAAUAAGUAGAAUAAAAACAAAACUUGCAUUGGCAUGAUUGCAAUAAAAUGGUGCAUGCAUGCUUACAUUAUAUUUUCCUCUAUACAUCCAUGAAUCACAMGUGAUUUGUGAGAAAUCCUGUGUGUCUCCUCCAGAAGGUUGAACUUAAUGCAAUCAUGCUAACUGGUAUUUUUUUUACAAAAUAGAUAUAUUUUCUUUAAAUGCAAUUGCUAUUUAUUGAAUUAAAAAAACUAUUUGGUUAAAA